AUGGAUGAUUUUCCAGGGGUAAUAUUCGCACAUUCGCGACCACGCCACCCAGAAACCAAUGGUUUAAUUGAGCGAGCAAAUGGAACUUUAGAGUCGCGAAUAAGCGGUUACAUGUUGGAAACAAAAAAAUAUGAUUGGGCGACUGCGCUCCCUAAAAUUGUAUUUAAUAUCAAUCUAGGAUUUUCUAGAACAAUUAAAAAUACCCCAUUUAAUGUAUUUUUCGCUAGAACACCUUAUUCGGUUGAUAGCGAACCGGAAGUGAUACCAGAAAUAGUUAAUGUGGAUUCUGAUCAUGAAGAAAUGAAUUUGGUUCAUACGAUUCCGACAUCAAGCGAAAACUCAUUGAUAGAAUAUGAUCCUGAUGAAAUCAGUUUGGUUCAUACUCUUCCGAGGUUAUCGUCAAGCGAAAACUCAUUGAUAGAAUAUGAUCCUGAUGAAAUCAGUUUAAUUCAAAAUGUUACACCAAGCUCACCGUUAAAUGAUAACUUAUUGAUCGAUUCUAGUCCCGAUGAAAUGAGUAAAAAAUGA